AUGGGGAAGUCGCAGAAAAAACGGUCGAUGCGCCGGCACAAUCCCAUGCGGGUGCCAGAUUCGCAUCUUCCCAAAGGUCUGGAAUCGGCAGCUUCAUCCUCCCCGAAAAAUGAAGCAGUAUUACCUAUCAUCCAAAAGUUGGAGAGCCCAGACGCUUCUGAACGCAAGUGGGCAUGCGUCGCGGUGUCCAAUCUAAUACAAAAUGAUCCAUCUACGCGACGAUUACUGCAGGGAAAAAAUGUUGUCGGAGCACUCAUUACGCGUCUAUCUGAUAGCGAGGAGGAGGUUUGGAUCGAAGCCGCUGGGGCACUAAGAAAUCUGUGCAUUGAUGGAGGAUACGAUAUAUGCGCCGAAAUGUACAAUAAAAAUAUACUCGCUCCCCUUAAAACAUUUGUGCCGAAGAUAUCGAGUGCACUCUCACAAUUUUUGGAGUCACCCAAAACGGCUCCAGAGAAUGCACAAAAAGUAGUAUAUGAAUUUACCGAGAAUGUCAAUACUAUACUCUGGUGUCUUUCGGAAACAUCAAACAAGGCUCUCAAUGCUAUCAACCAAAUAAACCUUGUUCCCUUUUUGAUGUCCUUCCUGGCCGCUCGAGCCAAAUUGCCGAUAGCUACUGUUACUGCUGCAGCGCAAUGCCUGUACGUCUUGACGGAUGACAAUCAGCCAGCAAUAGAUGAGUUGCGGUCGAGUGCGGCGUUCAGCACGUGUUUACUCGAAAUUGUACACAACGAAGGCGAUGUAAGGAGCAAGGAUAACGAAGCAUUUGGGGAUAGAUUGACCAUGUUGAAAGUGCUGUCAAGUGGUAUCCUGAGCAACGUUUCGCCUUUGCCUCCCCCUAGUGCCGCAUCAGGGGUCGAUGUUGGCAAGGAGAUUGUACUUCCACUACUUCAGCCAGUUGUGGCUUCUGUGUCUCUUAUCGAGUCAUCAGCGCUCGCUGAGAACCUGGUCGCAAAAUUGGCGCUGGAACCUCCACAGAUAGAAAAACUAUCUCUCAAAAGUGGUCCACAGUCAGAUCACAGGUCUGACACCGAGCUCGAACUCGAACGUUUGGAGAACAAAUUGCGCACUGUCCAGCUUGCAUUAGAAAUUCUGACCGGGGUGUGCGCAACAUUGCCUGACCCCGUAUCAGAAGCGCACGAAGGUGAACUUGAUGCAGAGGAAGACGCUGAAGAAAAUGAUGUUGAGAUAGAAGAGGAUGUGACUGAUGGCAUGGCCCUCGACGAUAUACCGAUUACCAACGGUGCAACAAUCCCAAGUCAUCUGCCUGCGCUCGUACAACCUCUCAUUACCCUUAUCCAACCCGCUAGGUUGUCUUUUCCUCCUGCAGCCGGGCAAUCCUCGCACCCACCGACGACAUCGGUGUUGAGUGCAAUUCAUGUUAGCGCACUUGAGUGCUUGAAUAACAUAUUUCUCUCGCUGAGUGCGUCUCCAACUACUGAAUUAGCCACGGCGACCGCGAGUGGAAAGCAAGUAUGGGACGCCGUGUGGGCUGCACUUGGGAGUGUAGGCACGGAAAUUACACGUGGUCAAGGGCGUAAACAAGAAAUGUGGGAGAUUGGUGUGGGUGUGCUCUGGGGAGUAGGAAAUAUCUGGAAGGGUAGCUUGGUGCCCAACGAAGAGCAAGUUCAGCUAUUGAUUCAGCUCUGCAACUCGAGCGCUGAUCCUGCUGUUCGCGUGAAAUGCAUCGGCACGCUCGAGUGCCUGGCGCAGCAUCCACAAUCUAUCGAUGCCAAUCGCGUUAUUGCAAUGCACCUGCUUUCCAUCCUCCCAACAUCCACAGCGCCUUCAUCCUAUAGCACCGAGCCAGUCAUCCAAGCACUGUCGGCUCUCAUAGACAUCUACUCAGAUGAGAAUCUCCCAUACGACGUCAAUUUCCGGCAAGGCAAUUUCGUGCAGCGCCUUGUGGAUAGCGUUGAUGGGGUGCGCAAGGCUCUGAGAGGGGAGGGGAUGCGAGACAACUUGGUUGCCUUCAUCAAGUACCGAAAGGCCUUGCGAUUUUAG